AUGCUCAUCAUGCUCGUCAUGUUCGCCGAUAUUGCAGCCAUUAUGAGCGUCUCGCUGACGCUCUUGUUCUUGUUCCGAGAUCCACAAUAUACAAUGAAUCUGCAGAACGAGGUGCGAGGUCACUUCAGAUUCCAAAAUAAGAUCAGCAAUCUAGCAAUCGUUGGGAUUCUUUUCUCAAUGACUCAGUCAAUGAGGCCAGGCAUCUACGCUCCUGGAAGCGGUUCCGGCAGGCAUCGAAUUUUCAAGGGAGGCGUCAUGGAAUUCGUCUACAUGCUAGGAGGUGUCACAAUUGCUCUAGAUCAUUGA